AUGCGUGGAUUUCUCUUGCUUUGGUUCGUUGCUGCAGCAACGGCGGCUAAGUUGGGCUAUAAUUAUAAUGCAGCUUUCAAUGUACACGACGAUCGAUUUGCUGGACUCAUUGAUGCCGAAGCGGCGGGAUUUAGCAGUACAGGACAACAACAGCAGCAGCAGCAGCAUCAGCAGCAAUUAGAUCCUCAAGUGGAGUCACAGCAAGAGCAACAGCAGUUAGAUGAGUUCAGCAAGGAGUUUUAUACGUAUGCUGCUCCUGAGGAGGACUUUGCCGAUCAGGAGGCAGCACAGCGUAUCACAAGCAUACUGAAGCGUAAUCUUCGUGUGCUUUUUAUCAAAUCACCCGAGCAUCAAGGGCUCGCCAAUGCGGCACUGCAAUUGGCGAAGCAGGCGAGUGAACAACGCACGGCCAUCUACGUGCUAACCAAGCAGGCCGAUGUGGGUGAGCUGGCCCAGAAAUUGCAAAGUCAGGGUCCCAGCCAAGCGCACAAGCCCGAGGUUCAUUUUGUCAAAUAUCGCACGCCCGAAGAGGCAGUGCGUGCCCAGCAGCUGAUACAGCAGCAAUUCGAUGCACUGGGUGGCAGCUCACGCAGCUCUGAUGAGGGUGUGGCACCGGUGCUGGACUUUACCAGUACGAGCAAAGAGUCUCAGAUACCGCAAGCUACGUACUUGCCGGCAACGCAAAGGCGUCGAUAG